GUCUCUCUCUCUCUCUCUUUCCGUCCCCUCAUUUUGGUCCUUUUUCCUGGAGGGUUUUCUCUUGUUUCUGCAAUGGGUUCGUUGACUUUCUUGAUUUAAUGUGGCUUAGGAGAGAGGAAAUCAGCAGUUUUUUCCGAUUUUUAGGCUUGUGAUUUGGCGAGCUUUGCGCAUAGAAGAAAAUGUCUUCUCGUUUCUGGGUUCAGAGUGGAAACGACACGGAGGCAGAGGAAGAGAGUGAUAUUGAAGAUGAUGUAGAGAUCGGUGGUGGAGCUGUUGACAUUGCUGGGGCAGCUGAUGGAAGCAAAUACUUGCCAGGGAAUGCUAGUGAUAGUGAUGAUUCUGAUGGUCAGAGGCGUGUUGUCCGAUCUGCCAAGGACAAACGUUUUGAGGAGAUGUCAGCUACUGUUGACCAGAUGAAGAAUGCCAUGAAGAUCAAUGACUGGGUAAGCCUCCAAGAGAGCUUUGAGAAGAUGAACAAGCAGCUUGAAAAGGUUAUCAGGGUCACGGAAUCUGAGAAAGUUCCAACUCUUUAUAUCAAAGCACUUGUAAUGUUAGAAGACUUCUUAAGUGAGGCUUUGACCAACAAGGAUGCGAAGAAGAAGAUGAGUGCUAGCAAUGCAAAGGCGUUGAACUCCAUGAAGCAGAGACUUAAGAAGAACAACAAGCAAUUUGAGGACCUGAUUAGUAAGUACAGAGAAAAACCUGAGAGUGAAGAGGAAGGGGAGCCUGAUGAUCAGUCAGCCGAUGAAGAUUAUUCCGAAACAGAGUUUGAGGAGGACCCAUCAAAAAUUGCAAUCGUGUCAGAUUCUAGUGAUGAAGAUGAGGGUGAAGAUGAAGAGGGUGGUGGAGUUUGGGAGAAGAAGAUGAGUAAGAAAGAUAAACUUAUGGACAAGCAAUUCAUGAAGGACCCCAGUGAGAUCACUUGGGAUACGGUUAAUAAGAAGCUUAAAGAGAUUGUGGCUGCAAGGGGUCGAAAGGGAACUGGAAGGGUUGAGCAGGUUGAGCAGCUUACAUUUUUGACAAAGGUUGCCAAGACACCUGCACAGAAGCUUGAGAUACUUUUCAGUGUUGUUUCUGCACAGUUUGAUGUGAACCCAAGCCUUAGUGGGCACAUGCCCAUUAAUGUCUGGAAGAAGUGUGUGCAGAACAUGCUUGUCAUACUUGAUGUCCUUGAGCAGUAUCCUAACAUUGUGGUGGAUGAUUCAGUGGAUCCUGAUGAGAAUGAGACUCAGAAGGGGGAUGACCAUAAAGGCACAAUUCGGGUUUGGGGAACCUUGGUUGCUUUCUUUGAACGAAUGGAUGCAGAUUUCUUCAAGAGCUUGCAAUGCAUUGAUCCACACACUAGAGAGUAUGUUGAAAGGCUUAGGGAUGAGCCUGUGUUUUCAGUUCUUGCUCAAAAUGUUCAAAACUAUUUGGAAAGGAUUGGGGAUUUCAAGGCUGCUGCAAAGGUUGCAUUAAAGCGGGUGGAGCUUAUCUAUUAUAAGCCCCAAGAGGUUUAUGAUGCAAUGAGAAAACUGGCUGAACAGACAGAAGGUGGAGAGAAUGGGGAAGUGGAUGCUGAAGAGAAUCAAGUGGUCGAAGAAAGCAGGGGCCCCACUGUAUUCAUUGUUACUCCUGAGCUUGUACCUCGAAGACCCUCAUUUCCAGAGAGUAGCAGGACAUUGAUGGAUAUACUUGUUUCGCUCAUAUACAUGUAUGGGGAUGAGAGGACCAAAGCUCGUGCAAUGCUCUGUGACAUAUACCAGCAUGCUAUCUUGGAUGAGUUUGCAACUUCACGUGACCUACUGUUAAUGAGUCACUUGCAGGAUGGUGUCCAGCAUAUGGACAUUUCAUCUCAGAUUCUUUUCAAUAGGGCUAUGGCACAACUUGGUCUGUGUGCAUUCAGAGUUGGACUAAUCUCUGAAGCACACAGUUGCCUUUCUGAACUCUAUACUGGUGGAAGGGUAAAGGAGUUGCUUGCACAGGGAGUCUCACAAAGUCGUUAUCAUGAGAAGACUCCAGAACAGGAAAAGCUUGAGAGCAGGCGGCAGAUGCCGUACCACAUGCAUAUAAAUCUAGAGCUUCUAGAGGCUGUCCAUCUGGUAUGUGCCAUGCUUAUUGAGGUACCUAAUAUGGCAGCCAACUCCCAUGAUGCCAAGCGCAAGGUCACAAGCAAGACAUUCCGAAGGCUGCUUGAGGUGAGUGAGAGGCAGACUUUCACAGGUCCCCCUGAAACUGUCAGGGAUCAUGUCAUGGCUGCUACCAGAGCCCUGGGCAAGGGAGACUUCCAGAAGGCCUUCGAUGUCAUCAAGUCCCUUGAUGUCUGGAAGCUUCUUAAGAACCAGGAGAAUGUUCUUGAGAUGCUCAAGACCAAGAUUAAAGAAGAGGCUCUCAGGACCUACUUGCUCACCUAUUCCUCGUACGAUUCUUUGAGCUUGGAUCAGCUCACCACAUUGUUUGAUCUCUCGGAAAGCCAUGUGCAGAGUCUCGUAAGCAAGAUGAUGUUAAUGGAAGAGCUCCAUGCAAGUUGGGACCAGCCAACCCAUUGCAUUGUCUUCCACAAUGUUGAGCACACGAGGUUGCAGGCUCUUGCAAUCCAGCUGACGGAGAAGCUCUCAAUCCUUGCUGAAAGCAAUGAAAGGGCUCUAGAGGCAAGGACAGGUGGUGGACUGGAUGGACUGCCCCCAAGGCGUAGAGAGAGCCAGGAUUAUGCUGGUGCUGCCACGGGUAAGUGGCAGGAGAACUUUACCCAGGGAAGGCAAGGAAGCUUGCGCACGGGAUAUGGUGGUGGUCGUAGACUGCCAACUUCCAGUCGUGCUGCCGCAAGUGGUUUUACAAGGGAUCGUGCAAGUCAGUUGAGGAGAGGAGGUGGUUAUUCCUCAGGGUACCAGAGCACACGGCAUCAAGAUGCAUAUGGAGCGGUUGGGCGGUCUCCUUAUGAGAUGGGUUCUGCAGUACGAGGAAUGCAGAUGGAGAAUUCUGCACACAUGGUGAGUCUCAGCAAGGUUGGUCGUGUACAUUGAGAAACAGUAGAGGCGAAGAAGUGGAAAAAUCUAGUCGGAGGUUUGCUUGUGGGAUUACUGCAAGGCUUUUUGUUUUGGUAUUCAAUUUUGGUAGUAGAGCUUGGAGGAGGCAAUUAGGUCACAGAUCAAUCUUUGUUGUUUCUUUUGAAUUCCUGUCAUUUUUUUUUUAUCUUUAAAUUUUGAUUUAAAUUGAAACUUAGCUAAAGUUGCCAGAAGGCAGUUUUCCCCA